AGAACUUGGACUAUAGGAGCGGACAUGCAACAAGAAAAAUGGGAACUUUGUUUCGACCCUGCAUGAGGCUGGAGGUGGAACUUUUGUCUUAAUCCAGCAGUUUAAAAGGGACUGCCAGCAAAUGAGUUCCUUCAGAACUGCUCUAUGUGUAAAGAAAGGCACAACCGUACUGUAAAAGGAUAGCGGAGGACUCUGUAGUCAUGCCGACCCGAAAGAUAACACUGCUGGAAGCCUGGGAGAGGCACAGGACCUUUCGAAGGAAGAAAGCUAAGGACCUGAAAAUAUGUCCUCAUCUACUCCCACUGCUGAGAGACCCCAGUGUGGUUGCAUCUCUCACCCAGCAGAAUGCCAAGAUGGUCGCCUUGCUCCCUCCCCCAGGCACCGAAGUGUUCCGCCACUUCACCCUUGACUCGCUGGUGGAGAUUGAUAGGCGGAUGGCCGAGGAAGCAAAGGAGCAGGAGAGACAAAAGACCCUGAACAUUGAGGUGGCAAAGCCAGCCGUCGACCUGGAGGCCGGCAAGACCCUGCCGUUCAUCUAUGGAGACCCACCAUGUGAGCUGUUCAACACGCCCCUGGAGGAACUGGAUCCUUUCUACAAAUCACACAAAACCUUUAUUGUCAUCACCAAAGGGAAUACAAUCUUCAGAUUCAAUGCUGAGCCUGCCUGCUACAUUCUGACUCCCUUCAGUAUUCUCAGGAGAGGAUCCAUCAAAAUUGUCAUGCAUUCAUUGUUUAGCAUGUUCAUCAUGUUGACAGUCAUGUUCAACUGUGCAUUUAUGACGAUGAGUGACCCACCGGCAUGGAGUAAAACUGUUGAAUAUGUUUUCACUGGUAUCUAUACCUUUGAGGCAACAAUUAAAGUGUUGUCCAGUGGCUUCUGUUUUGGAGAUUUCACAUACUUUCGAGAUCCAUGGAACUGGCUGGAUUUCAUGUUGAUCAGCAUGACGUACCUCACAGAGUUUGUUGACCUGGGCUCCGUGUCUGUCUUCAGGGUUUUCCGUGUACUCCGAGCCCUUAAAAUAAUCACUGUAAUUCCCGGUCUGAAAACCGUUGUGGGCACUCUGAUCAUGUCAGUGAAGAAGCUGGCUGAUGUGAUGAUCCUAACAGUGUUCUGCCUGGCUGUGUUCGCUAUGAUCGGCCUGCAAAUGUUCAUGGGAACCCUGAAGCAGAAGUGUGUUCGCUGGCACCCUGGGGAAUGGAAUUUCAGCUCCACCGACAUGGACAAUAUCCCUAUGGCUAAUGGUUUUAAUGACGUUAUGGACUACAAUGGCACAAACACCGGCAACAGCACGUGGGACUUCAAGGCAUACAUCAACGAUAAUGCGAACCAUUACUUCCUUCCUGGAAUGUUAGACGCUGUUCUUUGUGGAAACUCUUCUGAUGCUGGAAAAUGUCCUGAAGGAUACAUGUGUAUGAAGGCCGGAAGGAAUCCCAACUAUGGAUACACAAGCUACGACAGUUUUGGAUGGGCCUACCUUGCCCUAAUUCGGCUCAUGACACAGGACUUCUGGGAAAAUCUACUCCAUCUGACUCUUCGCUCAGCAGGGAAAUCCAACAUGAUUUUCUUUGUGGUGGUGAUCUUCCUGUGCUCGUUCUACCUGAUCAACCUGAUCCUAGCUGUGGUGGCCAUAGUGUAUGCUGAGCAGAACGAGGCCACCAUGGCCGAGGCCAAGGAGAAGGAGGAGGAGUAUGCCAUGAUCAUGGUGCAGCUGAAGGAAAGGAGAGAAGCGGAGGUCAAAGAGAGGGCCAGUGGACCCAAGGGGAGUAAGGACCAGCUGGAAAUAGCAGGCCUUCAGAAGAAGACGCACAGUGUCUACAGCCAAGAUGCCAUGGACGAUUUGGAGGAGGAACUGAGGCCUUGUCCGCCUUGCUGGUACAAUUGUUCAGACGUCUUCCUGAAAUGGAACUGCUGUGUGCCCUGGGUGACUUUCAAGAAGUGGAUGUACUUCAUAGUGAUGGACCCAUUCAUGGACUUGUUCAUCACCAUCUGCACUGUACUCAACAUCAUAUUCAUGGCUAUGGAGCACUACCCCAUGACAAUACAGUUUGAAGAAAUGCUGAGUGUGGGGAACUUGGUCUUCACAGGAAUCUUCACAGCAGAGAUGGUGCUAAAGCUCAUCGCCAUGGAUCCGUACUACUACUUCCAGGUCGGGGGGAACAUCUUCGACAGCAUCAUUGUGGCAAUCCGCCUGAUGGAGCUGUUGCUGGCCGACAUCCCGAGUCUGUCCGUGCUUCGCUCCUUCCGUCUGAUGCUUGUUUUCAAGCUGACCAAAUCCUGGCCCACACUCAACAUGACAAUCAAGAUCAUCGGUAAUUCAGUGGGCACCCUGGUUAACAUCACUCUGGUCCUGGCCAUCAUCAUCUUCAUGUUUGCCGUGGGGGGCAUGCAGCUCUUCGGCAAGAGCUACAAAGACUGUGUCUGCAAGAUCUCCUUGGACUGCAUGCUGCCCCGCUGGCACAUGAAUGACUUCUUCCACGCUUUUCUCAUCAUCUUCCGGUUGCUGUGCGGAGAGUGGAUCGAGAGCAUGUGGGACUGCAUGGAGGUGGCCGGACAGGGCAUUUGUCUCGUCGUCUUCAUGAUGGCCAUGGUCAUCGGUAAACUAGUGGUGUUGAACCUCUUCUUGACCUUUCUGCUGAGCUCGUUCAGCCGUUACAACCUGGCGGCUCCAGAGGAGGACGGGGAGAUGAACAACCUGCAGAUCGCCACCAGCAGGAUCACCAGGGGCAUCGACUGGGCCAAGGCAUACGUCAUCAAACAGUUCUGCAUUAUCAUAGGCAACCAGCCUAAGGAGGAUGGAGACGGUGCAAGUAAUGGGGAUUCGGAUGGCCUCCCAAAGGACUGCUUGGCUUUGACAAAUAUAAAUUCCAGUGACAACCCAAAGGCUGAUUUGGAGCUCAAAGUGCUGGAUGAUGUUAACCCAAGUGGAUUUCUUACAAAUGCGAAUUUGACCCUGGAUGUACCUAUUGCCAAAAUGGAGUCGGAUGAUGAUGAGGAUGACCGCUCUGAAGAGAAAGGAGACGGCGCAAAUGAGGAUGCUAAGCUAAGGAAACAUAUUGCACAGGACAAUGCCUCUUUGAUCUGCAGGACAGUGAACAAUCCCCCUGAAGUGGAGAAAGAAGAGGCAAAUCUCACCAGCCCUGAGAACUGCUGGACUAAGAAAUGUAUUGGACGAUGCCCUUGCCUUGAUUGUGACAUCACCACGGGCAAAGGAAAAACUUGGUGGAACUUCAGGAAGACAUGCUUCCUCAUUGUGGAGCACAACUACUUUCAGUCCUUUAUCAUCUUCAUGAUCCUGAUAAGUAGUGGAGCUUUGGCUUUUGAAGACAUACACAUUGAACAGCGCAGGACCAUAAAAGUCAUCCUGGAAUAUGCUGAUCAAGUCUUCACCUACGUGUUCAUUAUUGAGAUGCUCUUGAAGUGGGUGGCUUACGGAUUCCAGGCCUACUUCACAAACGCAUGGUGCUGGCUGGACUUCCUCAUUGUGGAUGUGUCUAUGAUUAGUUUAACGGCUAACAUCCUGGGCUACGCUGAACUUGGGCCAAUCAAAUCUCUUCGAAAGUUACGGGCUUUGCGGCCCCUCCGCGCCCUGUCCAGAUUUGAGGGAAUGAGGGUGGUGGUGAACGCUCUAGUGGGGGCCAUUCCUUCCAUCGUCAAUGUGCUUCUAGUGUGCGCCAUCUUCUGGCUCAUCUUCAGCGUCAUUGGAGUCAACAUGUUUGCUGGGAGGUACUACUACUGCUUCAACACCACGUCUGAGGAGAUAUUCUCUGCUGACGUUGUGAACAACAGGACCGAAUGCUUACAACUAAUGGAGGGUAAUAACGACGUGCGCUGGAUGAACUCAAAGAUCAACUUUGACAACGUGGCCAUGGGCUACCUUUCCCUCCUGCAAGUAGCAACAUUUAAAGGAUGGCUGGAUAUAAUGUAUAGCGCUGUGGAUGCACGUAUUGUGGAAGAUCAACCCAUAUAUGAGGAUAAUCUUUACAUCUACACCUACUUUGUCAUAUUCAUCAUCUUUGGGUUCUUCGUCAUGCUGAAUCUCUUCAUUGGUGUCAUUAUCGACAACUUCAACCAACAAAAAAAGAAGUUUGGUGGGAAAAAUAUUUUCAUGACAGAGGAACAGAAUAAAUACUGCAAUGCCAUGAAAAAGCUUGGUUCCAAGAAGCUACAGAAACCCAUUCCUAGACCCAAGAACAAAUUCGCAGGCAUUAUUUAUGACCUGAUCACCCAACAAUUCUUCGAGAUCUUCAUUAUUGUGCUGAUCUGCCUCAGCAUGGUACCGAUGAUGGUGGACUCGGACGACCAGAGCGAGGAGAAGGAUAAAAUCCUCUUCUUCAUCAACCUGGUGUUUAUCUUCAUCUUCAUCGCAGAGUGUAUCAUCAAGUUGAUCGGACUGCGGCAAUAUUAUUUUACCGUCGGAUGGAAUAUUUUAGAUUUUGUCGUCGUCAUUCUCUCCAUCCUCGGUUUACUGCUGGCAGACACUAUAGAGAAGUAUUUUGUCUCACCUACCCUUUUCCGUGUCGUAAGACUGGCCAGGAUUGGUCGAGUUCUGAGACUUAUCCGAGGAGCUAAAGGCAUCCGGACACUGUUGUUUUCCCUGAGGAUGUCACUUCCUGCUAUCUUCAACAUUGGGCUCGUGCUCUUCCUCAUCAUGUUUAUCUUCUCCAUUUUUGGAAUGUCCAACUUUGCGUAUGUCAAGAAGGAGGCGGGAAUAGACGAUAUGUUCAAUUUUGAAACGUUUGGCAACAGUAUCAUUUAUCUGUUCGUGAUCACAACCUCAGCCGGUUGGGAUGGUGUCCUCUCACCCAUGCUGAAUAGUGCACCUCCGGACUGUGACCCGGACAUGGAAAAUCCAGGCACAGAUGUAAGAGGCAACUGCGGCAGCCUUGGUUGGGGAAUUUGUUUUAUCUGCAGCUACAUCAUCAUUUGUUUCUUUCUUAUGGUCAACAUGUACAUUGCCAUUAUCCUCGAGAACUUCAAUGUUGCCAUAGAGGAGAGCGGCAACCCGCUGUGUGAGGAAGACUUUGAGAUGUUCUAUGAGACCUGGGAGAAGUUCGACCCUGACGCGUCACAAUUCAUCGCCUACGACAUUUUGUCGGAGUUCUGUGACACGCUUAAAGACCCGCUCAGGAUCCCCAAACCUAACGCAAUCAAGCUGAUCACCAUGGACCUUCCCAUUGUCCCUGGGGAUAAGAUCCACUGUCUGGACAUCCUGCGGGCGCUGACCACAGAGGUGCUGGGAGAAUCAGGGGAGAUGGACGCCAUGAAGGCGAGCAUGGAGGAGAAGUUCAUGGCCAACAAGCCCUUUAAAGUGUCAUGCAAGCCAAUCACCACCACCCUGAGGCGAAAGCAGGAGGCGGUAGCAGCUGUUGUUAUUCAGAGAGCCUAUCGUAAGCGUCUGCUGAGAAGUUCGAUGAAACUCGCUUCCUACAAGUACCGCGAGAAGAAAGAGUUAACCAAGGAGGACGAAGCGCCUCCAGAGCAGGAGGGAAUGAUUGCCAUCAGGAUGAGCAAACUGUAUGGAAGCCAACAAUCACUCGGAGUGGAUGAAACCGUUGUAGAUAUGGAUUCUUAUGUAAAUCGGGAGAGAAAAGAACUGACGCGACAACCUCCUGCGGAGACUACUGAAGCGCCGCCGCCUGUGGAGCUUCAGAACGAGAUCAUCUCGCACCCUGCCCCCUUUGCCAUCCCGGCCUCAACCCAUAACUCACAGCUGAAAGAGUCCCAUGUUUGAAUAGCUAGUGCAGCCAGUGGAUAAACACUGCAUCAUCAUGGUCUUCUGCCUUUGACGAUGAGACUGCUUCUUCAUCUCCAAAGUCCAACGUUGGCAUGUUUGGCUUGGGUCAGAGUCUGAGUUUCUUGCUAACUAAGUCUGAGGGACACAUUGUGCCCAGCCCACUGAAUCCAAGAGAUUGCAUAGAGAUGAUAACGAAUAUAGCAGUCAAUGUUAGUUGAUGUUGAUGAUAACCUGAAAUGUAUUGACUGAGAAAUCAUAGCUAUUGUUGGCAAGACAAUCACCAAAGCCUGAGCUGAAAGUUUGGGCCCAUUUAUGGAUGCAAGCCCAGUUGUGGUAGCAGACCCCUUUUAAUAUAUAGUUGAGAUCAAUUGAGAAUUAAAUAACCUAAGAGAUAGGUAGCAAUGUAUAAGAUAAUAAUAAGUUAAUUAAACUCCAUCUCACAAGUGAGUAGGGACCUGACUCCUAUGGUUUUACUCUUAACACAAAAACAUACCUUUUAGUCCCCUGAAAGUAAUUUAAUAAAUAUGUUCCUUUUUGUAUUUUUUUUAUACCUUUUUUAUUCAGCUCGUUGGGUUGGCAGGUAGCCUAGUGGUUCGAGCGUUGGACCAGUAACUGAAAGGUUGCUAGAUUGAAUACCCGAGCUGACAAGGUAAAAAUAUGCUGUUCUGCCCCUGAACAAGGCAGUUAAACCACCGUUCCUAGGCUGUCAUUGAAAAUAAGAAUUUGUCCUUAACUGACUUGCCUAGUUAAAUAAAAUAUUCUACUGCACUUGCAGUAUAUAUUGCAACAAAAAAGGCAAGCAAUAUUCUCAUCUGUAUCUUCAAAGUUUAAAUAUGACUCCAAAAACAGGAUUCUCAAGAAGUAUUAGUUUUUUCAUAUGUAAUCUGACUUUUGGUACCUGUGUCAUUUUAAUCUAAACUUUUAGGACUUCCCUAUAAUUUUCCAAAUACCAGUACAAGAACGUCAAAUAAAAAUGUUAAAUAUAUUUUUUAUUGAAUACAAUUGUAUUUUGAAGUUAUUAUUUGUCUGGAGUUUGGUUUGAUAUAUUUGGCCAACACUUUUGUGUGUUCAUUUUAAGGUAUUAAAGCAAAUACUAACACUGGGAUUUAGAGUAUAUACCCAAAUAUAUUUAAUAAUGCCUUUAACAUCUGAAAAUGAGAAAACACUUUCAUGAAAAAACAGGUUUAGAAAACAGAUUGAGAAAUGAUUUGCGUUUGCAAUAAGGAUCGGACCCUUUUUCUCAAUUUUCACCUAAAAUGACAUACCCAAAUCUAACUGCCUGUAGCUUAGGACCUGAAGCAAGGAUUUUCAUAUUCUUGAUACCAUUUGAAAGGAAACAUUUUGAAGUUUGUGGAAAUGUGAAAGUAAUGUAGGAGAAUAUUAUAUUAGAUCUGGUAAAAGAUAACAAAGAAAAAAACAUGUGUUUUUUUUUGUACCACCAUCUUUGAAAUGCAAGAGAAAGGCCAUGAUGUAUUUUUCCAGCCCAGGCGCAAUUUAGAUUAUGGAAAUGUUUUUUGUUACUUACACCCUCAUGCUAAUCACAUUAGCCUACGUUAGCUCAAUUAACCGUCCCACGGGACACACACACACACACCCCUAUCACGUAGAGGUUAACUAAUUCUGCUGAAUAACAAUUAAUUUGUCAAUUUUUUACAAGGUCAGUUCCUUUGUUGAAUUUCUUAAUUUUCUGUAUAUUUUCCUUUGAUUAUAUUUUUAAGGAAAUUAACUUUCCUUUUUAGUUUUUCUCAUUGUAGUAACACAAGUAACCUACUGUAUUAACACAAGUACUACUAACACUGUUCGGUUUUUAAUCUGCAAUUAUUUGCGCUAUUAAGCAGCAUGAUAAAAAUUUAUAAUUACAUAUUUUCACAAUAGUUGCACAUGCUGAAAAUGUACUGGUCAGUUUAUUGGAACAUGGGGCUUGUAACACCAGAGUUGUUGUUUGGAUUUUCACAAGGGGCACAUACUAUAUGUGUUAACUGAGUCACUUCGGAUAAAAGCUUCAACUAGAAUGACCAGUCAUAACACAGAAAUAUCUUAAUCAUGGGAAUACAGUAGGAAAGCACUUUGAAACCUUGUUUGUACUAGAGAAUGAAGCCUUGUUAGGAAUGCAGCUUAUUCAUUAAAAAAUGUGAUGUUAACUACUUUUUAAUUAUACUUUAAUAUCAAUCUCACCUAAAUGUGUGUACAGUAUCUUACACAAUCUCUGUCUGGAGAGGCACAUUUUACAAUAGAUACUAAUACAUUCCGAUAAGCACAAUCAAGCACACUGCAAUUUCUUUGGGAAACGUGUAUUGUAAAUGCAUGGGUUAAUUACACAUGCAUGGAACCAUCUUGAAACAAUGUGUGGAGGACAACUUAGGUAACAUAACUACAUUUUCUGUUUAUUUCAGGGAUUCAAUAACUCUAACCAGUUUUUACUUCAUUUGAAUUAAGGACAAAUACUAAGCUAGCAACUGCAUACUUUUGUACGUGUUUGUUAAACCAAGUGUGCCUAUUUGUAAGUGCUACCUACAACAGCAGUUCAUCCAAAGGGAGACUGGUUUGCCUGUAAAUCAUGUUCUACGCACUGUGUGAACAUUCAAGCAGAAGACCUUGGAAUUGUGAAAUGUAAAUAACAGAUGUCAUGCACCAUUGUUUACAAAAGUAAUACUGUGUGAAAGUGAUAGAGAAGGACGGUUAUAUUGCAUUUUUUACUGGCCUGUAAACAUUGUAUGUUCACUGCUCAAUUGUGGAGGAUUUUGGAGAUUGUAUUACCGAUAUGAAGAGUGUUUAAUUCAUGUAAUGAUAAACUAUAAAUGCAAAUACACAGCAGUACAUAUUAUGCUUUACAAUUUUACUUUUUAACAAUUCUAAUAAAUUUUUUAUUAAAAAAAAGAAA